GAUUGGUAGUCAGAUGCCCUGGUGUGUUGGUCCAGCAGUCGGGGAGAGCAGCCAUUGCUCCUGUGAUUGUGGAAGAGAUACAAUUGCAAGAGGUACCCAGUUCCACUGGAGAAUCAAAACUAAACAGAGCUAUUACUGGACGUUUCUUCUUCAGAAUCCAUGGUUUCACAACUUUCCUUCGACUGUGUCCUGCUGCUGCUGCUGCCACUACUCACAAGGUCUUUGGAAGUGGAAUACGUAGUUGAAGUGGGUCAGAAUGCUGUUCUGCCCUGCACCUACUCUCCAGCCACUCCUGAGAAUCUUGUGCCUGUCUGCUGGGGCAAGGGAUCCUGUCCUAUGUUUGAAUGUCAUAGUAUGGUGCUCAGCACAGAUGGAAGGAACUUGAAAUAUCAGACAUCCAACAGAUACCAGCUAAAGAGGAAUUUCCACAAAGGAGAUGUGUCCUUGACUAUAGAGAAUGUGACUCUAGCUGACAGUGGGACCUAUUGCUGCCGGAUUCAAUUCCCAGGCCUAAUGAAUGAUAAAAAAUCAAACCUGGAGUUGGUCAUCAAACCAGCCAAGGUCACCCCUGCUCGGCCUACACACAGAGACUUCGGUACAGCCUUUCCAAGAAUGCUCACCACCAAGGGAUAUGGCUCAGAGACACGGACACUGGAGGCCCUCCAUGAUAAAAAUCAAACUCAAAUACCCACAUUGGCUAACGAAUUACAAGACUCUGCUGUGACCACCAGAAUAGGCAUCUACAUUGGAGUGGGGAUCUCUGCUGGGCUGACUCUCAUUCUUAUCAUUGCUGCUUUAAUUCUCACAUGGUAUUCUUAUAGCAAAGAGAAGUUACAGAAUUCAAGCCUUGUCACUUUGGCCAACGUCGCUCCCUCAGGGUUAGCAAAUACAGUAGCAGAAGGAAUGCACUCAGAGGAAAACAUCUAUAUCAUUGAGGAGAACAUAUAUGAAAUAGAAGAUCCAUAUGAAUACUACUGCUAUGUCAGCAGCGAGCAACUAUCCUGACAACCCAGAGAUCUAACCCUUUAACCCCGCCAGAUCCCACUACUUCAUUUUUGAGCAUGGUAUCACUGUGAAAACUAUGAAAUGUGUCAGCUGAUUGGUUUUAGAGGCCCUGUCCAUGGCCACCAAGCAGAGUUUUUACAUUUCGGGAGAUAAUUAGCUCACAUAGGGAUGGAACUGUGUCCUACACUAUAUUUAGGUACAACAUCACCUCUAUAUUUCAGCCAGUGGGGCUACCCAAUAUAGAGUAUGCUAAUCGGGGCAUUAGAGUUCAAAUGGGCUUUUAUAUAGAGUAGGAAUUGUUGGGUAUUUUUUUUUUUAAUGUUUAUUCACUUUUGAGAGAGAGACAGAGACAGAGACAGAGGACGAAUGGGGGAGGGGCAGAGAGAUUGCGAGACACAGGAUCUGAAAUAGGCUCCAGACUCUGAGCUGUCAGCACAGAGCCCGAUGAGGUGUUCAAGCCCACAGACUGUGAGAUCAUGACCUGAGCCAAAUUUAGAUGCUUAACUGACUGAGCUACCCAUGCACCCCUAGGCUAGGAAUUCUUAAUAUGUGGUCCCAAGAAUUCCAGGAAAUUCAGUCACAUGAUGUAUCCACAGAGCUACUGAAAAUAUAGGGAAAAUUAUGUGUUAAGAUAUGUGCAUGUCUUUUUGGUACAGAAAGUCUAAAGGGGCCACUGAGUUUCAAAGAGUUCUGUGACGCAUAAAAAAUUUAGAAGCUAUUAGAGGAGGAGUAGAUGGUCUCGAAGGUUCUCUCUGAGUCUCAAGACUUAUGCUUCUUUGAAUAUUGAUUGUUUCCCAGUAAGUGCCUCUGCACAGCUCUCCUUUGCCAGUUAAGUAGACUGCCUAGCAAGUCCUGUGGUGUGAAGGAGCUCCUAGAGAAAAAGGAAGUGUGCUCCGUGUGUUGCCAAGUUUUGCUUGGGGUGCACUCAAAAGGAAAUAUCUCUGACCAACUUCUCCAUUCAUGGAGAGAACUGGACCUAUGUUUUUUAUAGAAGAAGAAGCAGUGACUUGUACACAAAUUCUGUUUCCUGGUGGAAAGAAAGCACAGGGCUCCAGCAAUCUAUAUUUAUCGGCAUCAAAUCCUGUGAUGGAAAGGCUGUGGUCCCUAAACUUUAUUUCCAAGGUGGUGGCGACUAAGUUUGUCUUCUCUUACUCAUUGCCUGCCCAGUGCCUGGCACGGCUCUCCCACAUAAUAGAAAUGUACUAAAUGCCUUUGGAAUGAAAAACAUAAGCAGAAAGGCAGCCUUCUGGAAAGAUUUUUCCAUUGCAGAACUUAGAGCUCUUCUUGGAGAACUCACAGACACUCCUAAGCUCUCAAAUCUGUUCUUAUCUAGUUCAAAGUGGUGUUUGCUUCUUAGCUCAGGCCUUUGAAAGUCUAUUACUCUCUUGUCUGUGUCCCCCUUUCUGCUAAGCCUCCUCAGUAUAUAAAGAAUCAAUGAGAAGGACCUGUUGCUGCCUGAAAACUACCCCUCCCCAGGUAAUAACUAAAUCGCUGCGAUGCUGUAUGCAGAAAGUGUUGGUCACCAAGGAUGUAGGCAGCCUGUUUAUUUCCAGGAGUCUCUGGCAGUUUUGUUGUGUGAAUUAUAAUGUUUGGGCUGCAUUUAGACAGUUUUGGGAAUCACUGGAUUUCUACUGGGAGAUAUAUAAGGGAGAUCAUUUCAUAAAAUUAUAGGGAGCAACUCUCAUUCAACAAGAUGAAGAAUUAACUGUAAAUGUUUUACAGUUAUGAAAUUCUAGAGGGAAAGGACUUCAGACACAUUUGAACCAUAUCAAUGGUUCCCACCACCACACCCCUCCUGGAAAGAGAUUCUUAUCCUAUUAUUUAAAAAUCUUUAAACGAUGGUAUGUAUACAGGAUGAUUAUUGCAACGGUGUUUGUAGGGGACUUUUUAUGUCAAUUGGGGAAUAGUUGAUUAUUGUAAUCUCAACACACUUGUGCAUUUAAGUGGUUUCACUUAAGAAUUAAGUGGUUUCAUCAUUGAGCUGUUUUGCUAAUUCAAUGAAUAUUUAAGUGCUUACUAUGUGUCAGGUACUCUCGUGCUGAGACCAUAGAGAGAGACCAAACAGACAUAUCCCUGACCCUGUAGAACUUGUAGUUCAUCUGACAGUAAGGAGGAUUCAUUCCAUUCAUUCAGUUGGCGAACAUUUAUUGGCACCUACUAUGUGCCAGAUACUGUUCUAGUCCCUAAAAACAGCAGUGAGUUAAACAGACGAAAUCCUGAUUCUCGUGUAGCGUAUGUUACUUACUUGUCAGAGAAGAAUGCCAUAUUGCUAAUUAAAAAAAAAAAAAAAGUUCUAGAAUAGUAUAUAUUGUUGAUGCUAAUGUUUUCUUUUGCCUUAAAAAAUCUAGAAGAAUAUUCCAAAAUCAAUAUGGCUAUCCCACAGGGGCAAAUUGUCAUGAGACAGACUUCCACUUUUUCCUUUUAUGUGCUUGUAA